AUGAGUUCAAUUGAUAUUAUCAAUGUUAGUGAAUUAUCUUAUGAGGAGAAUUGGUCAUUGUUUAGAAAGCUAGCACUUUCUAAAAGGCCUACUAAUGAGUAUGAAAAUUUAGAAGAAAUUAGUAGCAAAAUAGUUAGGAAGUGUAAGGCGUUACCUCUUGCCAUAAAAACUAUUGAGAGUCUCUUGCGGUUUAAAAAAUUUAAACAGCAGUGGCAAUGUGUGUUAGGUAGUGAAAUGUGGAAGUUUGAAGAUAUUGAAAAAGACCUUUUAACCCCUUUGAUGUUGAGUUAUAAUGAUUUACCUCCAAUGGGUUAUCUUAGGGUAGAAAAAGAUGAUGAGAACGAGAAGAUGAUUGGUGAAGAGUAUUUUGACUAUUUAGUGACAAAAUCUCUCUUGCAAAAGAAUGAGUCUCAGCAUACAACGGAAUCCCUCAUAACGUUACCUCAAGGGAUUGAAAAAUUAGUAAAUUUGAGCCGUUUAGAAUAUAAUGAUUUUUUGGGUACACUACUUUACACGCCAAAAGGGGUUGAGAAAUUGACUGAUCUUCGAAGUCUAGGUUCAUUUGUCAUACGAGGUGGUGGUGGUCAUGAUGACAAAGCAUGCAGUUUUGAAGGACUGAAAAAUUUGAAUCGUCUUGAAGGGAGCCUUACAGUAAGAGGAUUGGGAAAUUUAACAGAUGUCAGCGAUGGGAAACUGGCAGAAGUUUUUAAGAACAAGGAAAAACUCUAUCAGUUGAUUUUAAAAUUUGAUAAACGUGGAGAAGUGGAGAGACUAGAUGAGGAUGAUGAACUAAUACUUGAAACCUCACAACCACCACCAAAUUUAGAGAAUCUACGGAUAUACUACCACAAAGGCAACACAUUCCCCUCCACUUGGACGACUUUAACCAAACUGAAGGAGUUAAGACUUGAGGAUUGCCCCAAGUUAAAGGCACUGCCAGACAGCCUUCUGCAGAGGACAACACUCCGGCAAUUGGAUAUUAUUGGAUGUCCUAUUCUAAGUGAACGAUACAACAUGGAAACAGGAGAGGACUGGCCCGAGAUCUCUCACACCCCUGAUAUCAGCAUCUAUCCUCAACUUGUCCAAAGUGAGCAAUGA